CCCAAAGUCAUUAGCGCCCGCAGAGAGGUGACUGGAGAAGUCCUGCUACAACAACAAUGGCUGUCACCGCGUUGGCUGCCCGGGUGCGGCUGGGCGUGUGGGGCGUUAGGGCCCUGGAAGCCCGAGGCUUCAGCUCCGAACGGUCAGACUCCGGCGCGGGCUCGAUCCGGGAGGCAGGUGGGGCCUUCGGAAAGAGAGAGCAAGCUGAAGAGGAACGAUACUUCCGGUAUUGCAAGUUAUGCUUAGAGAUCUCUGUGGGGUGA